AAGGAGUAGAAACAUUGAAGGAUGUAAUGAUCCCCUCAGGGUUAAGCGGCUUCUCUGUUGCAAUGUCUAAGCUAUGGUCUCCGGUUUAGGAUUCAGUGUUCGGGCUCUUUUUUCCACCAAUAGUCGUCAUUCCUCCUCUCCAAAGGAGCUUCAGUCUGUGAUGCUGAUGCUGCACCAUGGACCUCUCAGGAAGCCCUGAGCCCCAUCAUAUUUGAGGGCACCUCUCCCUCUUUUACUAAAGAGCUCUCAAGGGGAAGUAAUGAGUUGGCCAAAGAGAAAUUAGGAACUGCAGCAAUUGAGGACAUUUGUGUAUGAGAUUGGUAUAAUGAGAACUGAAAGAAACCACUGAAAAUUGGGAAACAUCCCAGUUAUCUGGACUCCCUGACUUUGUUAAAAUAGUAGAAGUUGGGCCUAGGGAUGGAUUGCAGAAUGAAAAGGUUAUAGUUCCUACAGAUAUAAAAAUUGAAUUUAUCAAUCGACUUUCCCAAACUGGCUUGUCUGUAAUAGAAGUGACUAGCUUUGUGUCUUCCAGAUGGGUACCACAGAUGGCUGAUCACACUGAAGUAAUGAAAGGCAUUCAUCAAUAUCCAGGAGUUCGCUAUCCUGUCCUUACUCCUAAUCUUCAGGGUUUUCACCAUGCUGUUGCUGCUGGAGCUACUGAGAUAUCAGUUUUUGGAGCUGCAUCUGAAUCCUUUAGCAAGAAGAAUAUUAACUGUUCCAUUGAAGAAAGUAUGGGAAAAUUUGAGGAGGUUGUUAAGUCUGCAAGACACAUGAAUAUUCCAGCACGAGGGUAUGUGUCUUGUGCUCUGGGCUGUCCAUAUGAAGGAAGUAUUACACCGCAAAAAGUGACAGAAGUGUCUAAGAGAUUGUACGGCAUGGGUUGUUAUGAGAUCUCUCUAGGAGACACAAUUGGAGUGGGAACUCCAGGGAGUAUGAAAAGAAUGCUGGAAAGUGUGAUGAAAGAAAUCCCACCAGGUGCUCUUGCUGUUCACUGUCAUGACACAUACGGACAAGCCUUAGCAAAUAUCCUUACGGCCCUUCAGAUGGGAAUUAAUGUGGUGGACUCCGCAGUAUCCGGAUUAGGUGGCUGCCCUUAUGCGAAAGGUGCUUCUGGGAAUGUAGCCACUGAGGAUUUGAUAUAUAUGCUUAAUGGCCUGGGGCUCAAUACAGGUGUGAAUCUAUACAAAGUGAUGGAAGCUGGUGACUUUAUUUGCAAAGCUGUGAAUAAAACCACAAACUCUAAAGUAGCACAAGCCUCCUUCAAUGCUUGACUUGAAUGGAUUUAUGACGUACAGUUGAGAAGAUCAAUUUCAGCUACAAUACUCAUCUGAAAAUCAUUAAUGCCAACUUGCUCUGAUAUGUGAAGUAAUGGACAAGAGUGGGAAAAAAGAGAUCCUUUUCAAAAACAUUAUAACUGGAUAGAUUAAGUCAACAAAAUGCAAUAUCAGUCAUCAGGUAAAUUGCAAGCUGAGGAUAAAUAAUAAAACUUGUCAUAAUUUUGAACUUGGAAAAAAGUUUCUUUUGCUCUCAUAGAAAUAACUUUUUAAUUUAGUAGAUGGGAAAAUUGACUUCAUAUUUCCCCAAGUAUCAAAUACUGUGUUAAUACUUAAUCAAGCAGGCUUAACACAGUGUACAUAUUGUCAGUAGUUUAUGAGCUCCUGCAUAGUAUGCAGAGUGUGUGGCCUCAAUAUUAUACAUUAUGCCUCUGGAUCUCAACUAUUCAUUUGCCAAGUCAGUUAUGUUAUGGACCAAAAGCCAAAUCUCCAUCUGACCCUACAUAAUUUUAGCAAUAGAACUUUUAUAUUUCAAGUAUGGCUAACAUCUGUUAACUAUUUCAGUGACUUUAUCUGGUUCCAAGAGGCUGUGGCCAAUGGCAAGAUGCCAUAUCCUGGAAACAUAUUACGACCUCCCAUGUUUGUUACAUGCAUCCAGUUUACCACACUUUACCUGUCAUCAGUUAUAGUAAAAACCAGCAUGGUGUUACUCAACUAUUGAGAAAUUGUAAGCUAUUUUUUUUGUCCUGAUAUCUAAAUUGCAGUGAUAAGAAUAGGUUGAUACAUGUAUCAUAAUCUACCUUUAUAAUUUUCAGAUCACUUUCAAAUUGCCCAAGGAAAUAUUGUAAUCCUAAGAAUAUUAAGAUAAUUUUAGGUUAAUGAAAUACCCAUUUUCCUUUUAUUCAUGGUGCUUUGAUUACCCACAUUAUUUUUUGGUGUACUUUUUAGUGGUUAUUUUAAAAGUUGAAGUGGCUGAAAUUUUGUCUAUUGUCUUAGAAUUGAUUGCCAGAAAUUGCAAGAUGUAAUAUAUCAAAGUCAGGGAUGAGAAGCAGGAGGACUAUUCAAGAUAAACUUCUGUAACCUAUGCAUAUUUUAUGGGGGCAGUAUUAUUACAAAUGGAUCUGAAAUGUCAGUUCUAGUAUUUAGAGAGACUUCUCUAAUAAUACCGGGUGAUAUUAUCUUUGAGUAAAUUUGAAUAUAAAUUGAAACAUAAAAAUGAGUAUUGUGAACUUUCUAGGAAAUAUUCAUUAAAACCAUUGAAAUAAAAAUAAAUUCAAGAAAGUAAGAGAAGUACUGAUUAUGUUGCAUGGUUCUGGAGCAGGAAUACUGAGAGCAAUUCUCUGUUUUGGGGGUUAAUGUUUGGGGGUUGGGGGAAAUGCAGGGAGCAGACAAAAAUCAAAGCUGGUUGUGAAUCUUUUUCAGUUACAUCUCCCUGUGCAUCUCUCUUCACGAAGCACAUGACCCUGCACACUGGCAGUAAUGGGACACCUGCAAUUAGCGUGUACAACUGGAUACGUACCCCAUAUUCUGAGGAGACUGACUUCCUAUCUCUUACAAUGCUAUGCUGUUCCUAAUUUCAGAUAUUUGGAAAAGCAUCUCUUGUUACAAACUGCCCAUAGUAACAACUAAGGGGAUGAUGGGAAAGCAUUCCUGUUUUGAAAUGAAAACCAUGGACUUUGAAAGACAGAGCAAGUAGUCAGAAACUCCAAGUACAGUCUACAGCACAGUUACAUAGCAUCCAUAUCAGUGUACUGAGUCACUUCCAUGAAUACCUUGAUGCUACUGAAUCACAUUUAGUAUGAGAAAGCUUGUUGUAGGUAUUUGGUAUCCUUUCUCCACACAAACCAUCUAAAUCCCUUUGAUAGUUUAAGAGAGUUUCUCUUCUGGUUUUAUUUUCUCCACCUUAUUUAUCUUUUGGCCUCUUCCUUCUCUAUGUUUGACUGCAGACUCACAAAUGCACAGUUGCCUUCAUUCUUGCAACUCAACAUGUGGUCCAAGACCAGCAGGAUAAUCCCCUGGGACCUUUUGAGAAACAGAAUCUGAGACUUCACUCCAUACCCAUUGCAUCACAGUUUGCAUUUUAAACAAGAUCCUUACGUGACUCAUAUGCAAAUUAACUUUGAGAGGCACUUGCCUAUUUGAUACCUCCUCUUGGGUAUCCAACAGGCAUCUCGAGCUUCAUAUAUAUUCAAAAUUCUUGUACCAUUUUUCACUUUGUGCACUGUAGUCUACCCCACUGUCUUCUCUGUUUUUGGAACAAGGCACACUCAGAUCCAUCUCAGGUCCUUUACCUUAGUUUUUUUCUCUGCCUGUUUCCCUGGCUCUUUCCCUGGGUAUGAUUGGCUCCCUCUUGUCAUUGAGGUCUCAGCAUAAAUUUUACCUCCUUAAUGAAUCUUCCUGGACAACUCAGUUUAAAGUAAGUCCUGUUACAUUCUCUCACAUCAACUCAUUUAAUUAUUAAUUAUAGAAUUUUUACCUUCUUGUUUGUUUAUUCUUUCUUUUUCCAACAGAAUAUAUACACCAUGAGAGCAAGGGGUUUGCUAUCUUCUUCACUCUUGGUUCCACAGUGCCCAGAACAUAGUGCUAGGGUCUGGCACUAAAUACCAAUAAAUGUUAGUUAGAGUGAAGAAUAGAAACGGGUUUAAUUCAGACAUUUGGGAAUUGAAGGAA